AAUGAUUUCCAACAGCGCGUUCAGAGUAACCUCAAGAGCUGCAGGAACCAUGGCAACUGGCGUGGUCUGGGGCGGAAGGGGCGGCCCGGGCGUGGCGGACCCCACCCCUUCCGGGAGUCAGUGUAGCGGCGGGAAAAACAAACCGCUGGGUCGUGUUCUGCGGGUCCUGGAGGGCAGCUCUUCGCGCCCGCCAGAAUGGACGAGCAAUCCGAAGAUCAGGCAGUCUCGGAGCCCGCGGACUCCGGUGCGGAAGGCGGUCCUCCGCAGGCUCCCGGCGCCCAAGAGACGUCCCCUGAGGACCGUGUGACCCUGCUUCUCAGGCUAAGAACACAGACAAAACAACAACUCUUGGAAUAUAAAUCAAUGGUUGAUGCAAAUGAAGAAAAAACUCCAGAACAAAUCAUGCAAGAAAAACAAAUCGAAGAGAAAAUUCAAGACCUGGAAAAUGAAAUUGAAAAGGUGAAAGUAGCUUUUGAAGUGAAAAAACUUGCAUUGGACAGGAUGCAACUUUCAACUGCACUUAAAAAAUAUCUGGAGAAGGUUGACACCAAGAGAAGUGUGCUCAUAGAUAACAUGAAACACAUAUUAAAGCUAAAUAAUUUAAUAAUGAAAUCACAGCAGGAAUCUUGGAAUUUGGAGGAAAAACUUCUUGAUGUUAGAAAGAAGAGGUUACAAUUAAAACAAGCCUCAGAAAGUAAGCUUUUAGAAAUACGGACUGAAAAGAACAAACAGAAAGAUGAUUUGGACAGUAUGGAAAGUUCAGACAACAUAAAGAUCCUACAACAAAAACUACAGAUGGAGAUACAAAUAACUACAGUUAUUCAACAUGUGUUUCAGAACCUCAUUUUGGGGAGUAAAGCCAACUGGGCAGAGGAUUCUGCUCUUAAGGAAAUUGUUCUGCAACUUGAGAAGAAUCUCACCAUGAUCUAA